CUUCAACCGCAGCGCGGUCCGCGUAUCUUGUCCAGGCCACCGCUCGGUCCUCGCUUUGUCGCCUACGUGAUCAAUUUCUUCUCGUACUCUUCGAUUUGCCUCCCUUAUCUUCUUGGCGGAAUCACAUACUCCACAAUGACCUCUUUACAUGCCACCAUCCAGCAGGACAUCAUUCUGACUAUCAGUGGGCCUGAUUAUGAAGCCACACUUCCUCCACUGUCUGACACUACAUGGGCGAAACUCGUCGCCUCAUCUCGAUCCUCGCGCGAUGAGUGUGAACGUCUGGAAUUUCUAGGUGACGCGCUCAUGUACGCCACUAUCGGACGUCUGUUAUAUGCCCAUAUAUCCAACGGAACACCCCACCUAUACACGGAACUUCGCGCUGCAUUGCACUCGAACGCCACGUUCUCACACAUUGCAGAGAAACUUGAUAUUCUCGCCGUCAGUAGCACAGUCUUGCAUGCCUUGACAGAUAGGGACUUCGGAGAGGGGGCUGCUGCUUCCACCUCCAAGUCAAAGCCCAAGAUCAAGGCAACUGCAGACUUAUUCGAGACGGUGAUCGGGGCGUAUUACCUCGAGAAGGGAUUCGAGGCACUUUGCGCUUGGGUACAGGAGAUCUACGAGCCUCUGAUAAAAGUAGCCAGAAAGGCCUUCUACGUAUUUCGAACUGCACCGUCGCACAAAAGACGCGGCCCCGACUUCGACCUCAAUAUGCGACCAGCCAAGAAAGCAAGGUGUACGCAAGUGUCUCUACCUCGAACUCCGUUGCCACUGUGUCCGCAAAGUAGCACCACACAAUAUCGGCAGAGCCAGGUACAAGCCACAAACCAGGCGUCAGAUGCAAGCAGGAUGGCUGCUUUGCCUACCAAGAAAAGAGCCAAGAAGGAAAAGGCGGCCGCCUUAUCGCGCAAGGCGGCACCUGCGUCCUCGACCAAACCUGCUGGUCGUCUGAUGGAAUCACCUCCGAGAGCGUUUGUGAUAGACCUUACUCUUGUCAGUGACUCAAGCAACGAGGAAGAGGGCGAGAUUGCUGAAUAUCCCGAGAUUCCGCGGGACACACCUGCGUUUUCACGUGGCCCGAGCACCGUGAGACCGGUGACAAGCAAGGUUGCUUCAAAGGCACCUUUUCUUGUCGGAUCAAGGAAGAACGAUAUCUCGGUAGAAGAGGGCAUGCUGGAGCAGAUGUUGACGCUGUUGGAUCCUCUAUCAGACAUGGACUUAGACUCGGACCCCGGAAGAUAGAGGCUUUGUAGUAUGUCUCGUUCGAUAAUGCGUUCUCUUUUGUCUCGAAAUUAUUUGAUCCUUCUCUAUACCACCUGGAUUUGUACAACAGCAGUCUUUAUUUAUAUCUCGGCGUCAGCUGGUAGAUUCAGCUUGACUCUUUGGCAC